UCUUGUAACUUUCGAAUUAUAUUCCCCGUUUCUCUUCUCUACUUCUCUUUGUUCUUGUUCGACCAAAUUUCUUUGUGAAGAAGAUGCAGAAGCUCUUUGCUGCGACAACUGCUUGUGCUUCGAUUCUUCGGAGACAGAGACAUUCUGCUUCUUUCUCUUCUGCUUUGCUUUUUGAUGAUACUCAAAUACAGUUUAAAGAAAGUGUUAAACAAUUUGCUCAAGAAAACAUUGCUCCCCAUGCCGCGAAAAUUGAUCAAACCAACUCUUUUCCAAAGGAUGUUAACUUAUGGAAGCUCAUGGGGGAUUUCGAUCUCCAUGGAAUUACAGCACCAGAGGAAUAUGGAGGCCUUGGUCUUGGGUACUUAUAUCACUGUAUGGCAAUGGAAGAAAUAAGCCGCGCUUCUGGGUCUGUUGCCCUCUCCUUUGGUGCACAUUCUAACCUGUGCAUCAAUCAACUGGUGAGGAAUGGAAACCCAGCUCAAAAAGAGAAGUACUUGCCUAAGCUUAUUAAAGGUGAGCAUGUGGGAGCUCUUGCAAUGAGUGAACCCAAUGCUGGCUCGGAUGUUGUGAGCAUGAAAUGCAAAGCUGACCGGGUGGAUGGUGGAUAUGUCAUUAAUGGAAACAAAAUGUGGUGUACUAAUGGUCCAACUGCUCAAACAUUGAUUGUGUAUGCAAAAACGGAUCCAAAUGCUGGCUCAAAGGGAAUUACCGCAUUUAUCAUUGAGAAAGGAAUGCCCGGAUUCAGUACUGCCCAGAAAUUAGACAAACUUGGCAUGCGGGGGAGUGAUACAUGUGAGCUUGUCUUUGAAAAUUGCUUUGUUCCUGAAGAAAAUGUGCUUGGACAAGAAGGAAAAGGAGUUUAUGUUAUGAUGUCUGGGUUAGAUUUGGAGAGACUUGUUUUGGCUGCUGGUCCCCUAGGUCUUAUGCAAGCAUGCCUUGAUGCUGUUCUUCCUUACGUUAAACAAAGAGAGCAGUUUGGUCGUCCAAUUGGGGAAUUCCAGUUUAUACAGGGAAAACUUGCUGAUAUGUAUACGUCUUUACAAUCAUCAAGGGCCUACGUUUAUUCUGUUGCUAGGGACUGUGACAACGGAAAAGUUGAUCCCAAGGAUUGUGCUGGAGUAAUAUUAUGUGCAGCAGAAAGAGCAACGCAAGUUGCUCUGCAGGCCAUACAAUGUUUAGGCGGCAACGGGUAUGUUAACGAGUACGUAACCGGUCGACUACUCCGAGAUGCAAAACUAUAUGAAAUAGGUGCAGGUACUAGUGAAGUGAGAAGGAUGAUCAUCGGUCGCUCACUGUUCAAAGAGCAAUAGGAGACAACUUUUUCUCUUAAUUGGUUUGCUUGGCUCAUAGAGAACAUCCCACGAUCAAAGUUAACAAUACUCAAUACUCGUAAGAUGCAAAUGUGAAUUGAUGAUUGAGGUCUACAAUGUGUAAUUUUAAGGGAACAUUGUUCAAAUUUGUCAUCAUAAAAUAAAUUGCAUUAAUAAAAAAGGAAAACAAAGGUCAUUCAAAUCA